UCGUGCUGUCGUUGGCAACGGCGGAGGCUGGAGCGGGAAGAAUAUAACUGCUACAGUAAGCACUUGAUGUCAAAUCAAAACUAUAGUUUACUUGGUACCUGGGAGAACCGGAUAAGCCCUCGCGUCUCAUGAUGAUGUGAAACAAACUUUUUUAAUCGUUUUAAUUAGUGUGGAAAAGGAGAGGGACGUUCCGGCCAGUCAACUGUUUGCUAGCUAACAUCUGUGAAUUUAUACUAACUGCCCGAGUUUGAACAAGUUGCAGCAAGACUAAGGCAUCAACAGGUGGAUUUCCCAUUGGCGAUAUUCGCUAUCAAUGGCCUCAAAAGGUUGGCAGCAUCCUUAUGUCAACAUAUUCAAACAUGUCAGAGUUGAAGACUGGAAAAAGUCUGCAAAAGAGGGGGAUGUGUCAACUUACACGGACAAGACACUGAAGUGUUCAGUGUUCCGAAUCAGGGGUCCUGUUCCUGCUACCAGCUACAUCCUGGUACCCAAAAACAGCAACCAGUCUUUACGGCUGAUAGGGCACUACUUCUACCUUCUCUUCAGGCCCACUCCUGGCAAAUACUUUGUGGUCCACCUGGAUGUUGUUGCGGAGGAGGGCCAGGUGAUUCGUAUCUCCUUUUCCAACAUGUUCAAAGAGUUCAAGUCAACAGCUACCUGGCUUCAGUUUCCUUUCCUGUGCGGAGGUGCAAAGGAUUCAGUCUAUGAAAGCACGGCCAAAUCCGCAAGACAUGGUUUGGUGGGUCCAGCCCCCACUUCAGUGCGUUGGACCUGUCUGAUGCUGGAUCUGCAAUACACACUCUCUGUCUACCUCAAUCGCUGCUACAGUAACCUGAGGAGCAUCAAGCUUUGUGCCAACAUGGCAGUGAAAAACAUGUUUACAAGUGACCUGCUGCUAGAUCCAGGAGUUUCCUUCAAUGAAGCCAAGCUGAUGGGUCUGGCCUCUUCUCAGGGAACAGGUCCCAUGCCCAGAGACAUGUCAUUCCCUGUGCCCAAGGGAGGUUCCUGGCAUGACCUCUAUGAUUAUAUCAAGUUUCCCUCAGAAGGAACAAAGUUACCCUUUGACUCCAUUCAAAAAGACAAUCCGAAGCCUGAAGCUGGCAGUGUCUCCCGCCAGAGAAGCCCUAUUAGAGAGGAGUCCCGCUGUGUCAACCUCAGCAAACCAAUUCAGGAUCGUGUGUCCCUUAUCCAGCAGAUCACCACCCCAAAAUCACUCAUGAGGAAUCGAAACCCUGUGGUGACCAACAUACCUAAGCUGGGUGUGGUUUCCACGCACCAGAAGGUUGGCUGGCUUUGCCAUAAUGAUGACCAGCAGCAGGAGUCAGCAUGCUUCAGUCCGCACCAGCUCACAUCCAGGCCCUGUGAUACUGAUGACAAUGGAGUUCAUGUGUUUGUGCAUCCUGAGGAUGCCUGCGGCAAACAUGGGGAGGAAAGUGAAGAAGAGUUUGUUUACAGUCCUGUUCCACAUCCUGUCCAUCUGUCAUCAUCCAAAGAAACCAGACAGCAGAAGCUGCUUCCAGACCCGAUUCUCAGGCUCAAUCGAAUCAUCGGCUUUGGAGGAGCCACUGCAAAAUAUGCCUUGUGGACCGAAUCGGGUGAUGCAGUGGUAUAUCCAUGUCACGCAAUUAUCGUCUCUAUGAAGAUAUCCUCUAACCAGCAGAGAUUCUUCAUCGGCCACACAGAUAAGGUGUCUGCGCUAGCUUUUAAUGGCAACACGACACUGCUGGCCUCAGCGCAAACUGGCAAUCAUAGUGUAGUUCGAGUAUGGAACUACCACAAAGGAAACUGUCUGGCCUUGUUCAGGAUUCACGCUCAUUCAUUAUCCUCUCUUAGUUUCUCAUACAGUGGCGGUAUUCUCUGUGGAGUGGGUAAAGACAGACACAAUAAAACUAUGGUGGUGGUGUGGAACACUCUGAACGUUAGUAAAGGUGGAGAAGUGACCAUCUUAGCCAAAGUGCACACAGAUGUGGACAUUCACACCAUGAAGGUUGCCUUCUUUGAUGAUACAAGGAUGGUGUCAUGUGGUCGUGACAAUAUUCGUCUGUGGCGAGUACGGAAUGGGUCGCUGCGCUCCUGUCCAGUAAACCUGGGUGAAUACCACUCACUGGAGUUCACCGAUUUGGCCUUUGAGGAGGGAAACUCCAACCAGCAUCUUGAUGAUCGAACACUAUUUGCCAGCAGUCGGAGUGGCCAUAUCUUUGAAAUCGACUACAGCAGAGUUGUUAUUAGAAAUGUUCGGAGGCUGUUGCCUGCACAGCAGCAGCAUGCAGAUCGCAGGGAGAAAUUGACUUUUAACACAGGUCCUGGCAUUGCCAUCAACAGCAUCAGUGUGUCCUCAUCAUUCUGUGCCACGGGCUCUGAAGAUGGCUUCCUGCGUCUCUGGCCCCUCGAUUUUUCUGCCGUCUUCCUGGAGACUGAACAUGAGGGACCUGUGAGCCUGGUGUCAGUCUCAUCGGACAGCCUUCAGGUCCUAGCAGCCACCUCUACUGGUAACCUGGGUUUCCUCGAUGUGAGCAGCCGUGGUUACAACACAUUGAUGAGGUCGCAUACAGACACUGUGCUUGGCUUCAGUGUGGAUGGAAUCCGUCGGCAUCUCACAACAGCAUCUUCUGACGGCACAGUGCGCAUUUGGAAUAUGGAUUCCUUAAAUCAGCUGUACGAUUUUGUGUCUGAGGACAGCCCCUGUUCAGUGGCCUUCCAUCCUAGUGAGCAGGUCUUCUCUUGUGGCUUCAGCUCUGGCAUCAUUAGGAUCUUUGACAUCUCCAGUGCCAAGCUGCUGGCUGAACACAAGCAGCACAGAGGUGAAGUGGUGGGUCUUGCCUUUUCUCCAGAUGGGGAGUUCAUGUACAGUGCCGACUCCCAGGGCUCUCUUGCACUUUACAACUCCUCCGAUGAAGAUUACAAUGUGAUCAGAGUUGCGUGUAAUGUGGUUGCCCGAGGCACUGAGCGCUCUCCAGACGCUCUCACGGUGAGCAGUGACAGUCGCUGUCUGGCUUUUGUCGGUCCCUCUGAGUACAUUGUCACCAUCGCUGACGCACGGUCUCUGGAUGAGUUGCUCCAUGUAGACGUGAGUAUUUUGGACGUAGAGAGUCCCCGUCUGGAUUCUGCACUGAAGGUCUGCUUCUCUCCGGCCUCCACUGAACACUUGCUGGUUGCCACAUCUGCUAACAAAAUCCUGUGGGUGAGCACUAAGACAGGCCGUCUGCUCCGAGAGAUGUCUAAGGUGCACAAACACCAGUGCUCGUCCCUGGCUGUGAGUGAAGACAGUCGAUUCCUGCUGACAGCCGGACACAAUGCUUUGAAAGUGUGGGAUUAUAACAUGCAGCUCGAUAUUAACUCACAGAUGUUCAUAGGCCACAGUCAGCCCAUCUGCCAGGUGAGCUUCACCCCCGACCAACUGGGCGUAGUCUCAGUGGGAGAUGCCAUAUUCCUUUGGGACUUUCUGGCACAUCCAGUCUCCCCUUUGAUUGACAGCCGUUCACCUCUCAGAAUAAAGUACACCACAGCUCCUAAAUCAGUUCAACCAGACGAUGAAGUGAGUGGAGUUCAGCUGUCCAAUGGGAUGCCUCGACAAACGGCACCCCUCCCUUCCUCACCACCUCCACAACUGGACAUCAGCACGACCGACCAAGUCGACCAGGGUGCUUUUGGCUCCUUGUCUCUUUGUGAUGACACCCCAACCAUCCCAACUGUUCCAGUCCAAGCCACUGGUUCGAGCCCCUCAUCUGACCACAGACCUGCUUCCUCCUUCCUCAAAGUCACAGAACUGGUCAACACGUCUCCCCUGAAUACCAGCCAUAUUGACACUGUUGAGUUGAAAGGGAAGAAUCCAGUACGUCCAGAUUGUUACAGGCACUUUAUCCCACGUUUCAAGACCUCCACUCUUGAUGAGGUUGCUGAGGCUCCCCAACCAGGAGAAGAGGGCAUAAAGCUGAAAGCAGUGAUUGGCUACAAUGGCAACGGGCGUGCCAACAUGGUGUGGAGCCCUGACCAAGGUUUAUUUGCGUACUCGUGUGGCUGUGUGGUGGUGGUGGAGCACCUUCAUACAGGAUGUCAGAGACACUUGCAGGGCCACAGCGAGGAGAUCUCUUGUCUUGCAGUCACAAAUGAUGCCCAGACAGUGGCGUCAGCAGCCGGCGGCAGUAACGGUAGCAGGAGCCUCAUCUGCAUUUGGGACGUCCAGAAUGAAACUUGUCAUAAUACCAUCUCCUACCACAGAGGGGCGGUGCAGAGUCUUGCUUUUUCCAGGGACGAUCGUUUCUUUCUCUCGGUCGGAGACUUCUCUGAACCAGAGGUGGCUCUGUGGAGCAGCAAGACCUUCCAGCUGCUGUCCAGUGUGAGAGUGUCAGGGCCGAUCCAUGACGCAGCCUUCAGUCCCUCGGUAGCGAGCCAGCUGGCCUGUGUGGGCAGCCAAGGGGUUUACUUCUGCCUGAUCAUCACCCAUGGCCUGGAUGUAGACCUCAAGGUCCAGAGGGUGAAAGCACCAGCGGAGGUUGGUGAUGUGGAGCUGACGGCUCUGUGCUACCACAACGACUCCUUUCUGUUCACCUCCACCAAUCGUGGACACGUUUGUGUCUGGGACAUUAAAACACAGCGCUGCUUCAUGACUUGGGAAGCUGAUGAGGGAGAGAUUGGAGUGCUGUUGUGUCGAGGGAACCGUCUGUUGACAGGCAGCAACACCCGCUGGCUGCGACUGUGGGAGGUAGAAGCUCUACAAGGCGUGAAGUCUCAGGAAAAGGUCUUCAAUGUGGAAGACAGUGGGACCACUGUGGUGUUGGAGCAAGAGAUAAUGCUGGAUGGGACGACGGUCAGUGCAGCGUUUGAUUACACAAUGGACAUGGGUAUCGUUGGCACCACAGCCGGAACGCUCUGGUACAUCAACUGGUCAGAUAAUAGCAGCAUCCGGCUGGUCAGCGGGCACAACACCAAGGUGAAUGAUGUGGUGUUUAGCUCUGACGAGAGCCAUUUUGCCACCUGCGGUGAGGACGGCAGUGUGAGGGUUUGGUCGGCCCCCAGCAACGAGCUGGUGGUGCAGUUCCAGGUGCUAAACCAGGCCUGUGGCUGUGUUUGCUGGAGUACGUCCUCCAGCAAGGACAGCGCAUGUGUGGCUGCAGGAUACAGCGACGGGACCCUGAGGAUCUUCCGGCUUGCCUCCUCAGAGAUGGAGAUGAAGCUGCAUCCCCAUCACGUGGCUGUCACUGCCAUCCAGUACUCUGCCAAUGGUCAUGUGAUCCUUUCAGGGGGGAAGAAUGGUCUGGUAGCUGUCAGCAGCCCAGUGAAUGGAGCGACUAUCCGGGUCAUCAGGGACCACAAAGGAGCGCCGAUUACCACCAUCCAGUGUGUAAAUGAAGAGUGUAAGAAUUUUGGACUCGAAGGAAACGAGAUGUGGUUGGCUGCCAGCGCUGACAGACGUGUCAGUGUGUGGGCUGUCAAUUGGUUGAAGGACAAGUGCGAUCUGCUAGACUGGCUGACAUUCCCUGCUCCGGCCUAUUUUGGGGAUGACAGCCCACCUCCCAGCCUAGCUGCCUUCUGCCCAGCAGACCCUGGCCUGAUGGUCUACACUGGCUACGGAGUAGAGAAAGAGUUGUCCUUCUACAGCCUGACCAAAAAACAGAUAAUAAAAAAGAUUGCCCUGCCCCACUGGGUCACAUGCUUUGGCCUCUCUUCUAAGAGUCAACUCAUAGCUGUGGGAUCAAAAGAGCGAGUGUUGAAGUUGGUCAAAUCGAGCAGCGGCAGGUAUCAGGACUUCCUGAGGCACAGUGACUCACUGCAGACGUGCCACUUCUCUCCCUCGGGGACGCUUCUUUUCACUGUGGCUUAUAAUGAGAUCCUGCUGUGGGAGGUGCAGGGCCUUUGAGGGCUUCAGAUCUGUUUAUGAACCUCAAACCUUGUAGGUUUAUCUCCUUUCACGUGCCUAGUUUAUAUUGUUACUUAGCGUCAUUUUAUUGUUCCAUAAAUAUAUUUAUCAAAUAUUUUUGGUGGAAAUAGUUACAAUUUGUGGAAAAGCUUGUGAUUUUCCACAUCGUGAUUUCCCACAAUGGAGUUUAUGAAAUUUAUUGUUUUCUUUCAUGUGUAUGGUUUUAAAAAACACCCGUUUUUAUUGAAGGGAUUGUUUUACAUGUCCAGUCACUUCUAAUGUUUGACUAUUUAUUUGUGAGUUAGAAUGUGUAUGAAUAGAUUUAUUAGAUUAACAGUUGCUGUCAUUUUUGCUGUUUUUGAGUGGUAGAUAUAAUCAUGGCUUUUGGGCUGCUCUGGGAUGGGAUUUAAAUAAAAAGCAGAUUGAAAAAUUACGAUCUGUAAUGUUAGAUGACUGCAACGAUGC